AUGCCAGAUAGACCACCCUUUCCAGGCCGCCCUGCACAACCUCCCGGUCCUACCUUUCUACAGUAUUCUCCAGACGGUCAACGACUGAUCGUAGCCGGCAUUGGCGACUUCGCCCGCUCCUUUCGAACGAACGACAAUGAAGAGCCCGACUUGUUACCUUCAACACGUGUCGAGACGCUGGCUGUUGCUUCCGGGAAUGACUACGUGAUCCUCGGAUGCGAAGAUGGUACAGUAUGCGAGUAUGCCGUCCCGUCUGGCGACUUGAAGCAAAUGCUUGUCAGGACCGGCCUGCCUAUCAGAGAUGUUGCCCUAUCCCCCGACCAACAAUGGGUAGCUGUUUGCAGCGAUGAACUGGAGAUCAAAGUGGUGAAUCGAAGUGAUCUGGAGCAGAUCACCAUCCUGCGCGAUCAUCCGAAGCCAAUCAAACACCUAACUUACGACCCAUCCGGGAAAUAUCUCGCCGCUUCCUGCACCAACGGUGUCAUCUACAUCUAUUCCAUGUCCGCCGAGCCUGUUUUAUACCGAACAGUAGAUGGAAUCAUCCCUUGCCUGGAAAAUGCGGACCCAGCAACUUCACGAUGCGUAUGGCAUCCUGAUGGAAGGGCUUUUGCCUGUGCAACUGCGACAAGGGACAUUCAAAUUAUAUCCGUCGAGGACGGAGCACAUCAACGAAUUUUUGCCGGGGAGCACAGCAGCGGGAUCACCUCGUUGGCCUGGUCACCGAAUGGGGCCUUAUUGGCCUCUUCAGAUUCAGACUACUUGGUUAUCUGGGACACCAAAACACAAAAGAUGCUGAAACGCUUCAACUACACAGAUAUAUUGAAUAUUGCGUGGCAAAACCAAGGCGAGAACACCUUCAAUUGGACCACUUCUGGUGGCGAAGUCUUCAUUAUUCCGAAUUUCCUCAAAGAAGAGGCACAUAUCAAACUUCUCAAAGGGCCAAAGGUUGGGGCACCAUUCUUCCAUGAUCCCCUCCUCGAUCGAUCCGCAGCUGUCAAUGGCCGAAAACCGUUGGUGAAUGGUCAGGGCAAACGGGCACAGACGCCCGACAGCCUAGACGAGCUGCUCGGACCCGAAGAGGAGUUCGACUGGAUUGAGGACGACGACGGAGCUGGAUACAUCAACGAGAACGGCAAGAGAACGCACGGUCACAUGGGGAAUGGCGUUAGCCACAUUGCUAAGCGAAACAAACAGGAGGCCUGGCAACCCCAAAUCCACGAACCCUUCCAGCCGGGGGCCACGCCCUGGAGAGGCAAUCGCAAAUAUCUCUGCUUGAACCUGAUCGGUUUCGUCUGGACUGUCGAUCAGGACACCCACAACACCGUGACGGCCGAGUUUUAUGAUCGAGAAAUGUAUCGAGACUUUCACUUCACGGACCCCUUCCUGUACGACAAGGCCUGUCUGAACGAGACGGGCACCCUUUUUUCAAGUCCGGCCAAAAAUGGUCAGCCGGCAGUAAUCUUCUACCGGCCUCACGAGACCUGGACUGCUCGAUCGGACUGCCGAAUUAGCUUGCCGGAGGGCGAAGAAGCGACCUGUCUUGCUCUCGGCAGCCGGUACAUUGUGGCAGUCACGAACAGUAACUAUGUCCGAGUUUGGACAUUGUUCGGCACGCCCGUGCGGAUAUGGCGCAUGAAGAGUUCUCCUGCCGUAACGUGUGCCGCGUGGGGUGACUUUGUCAUGACUGUUGGAAACGGCCCUGUCGGCGCAGAUGGGAGUACACAACUCACGUACAGCAUUGAUAACGUCCGAGAAGACGAAAGCUGUCAGAACGAAGAUGUCUUGGCUCUGGGCACCGUCCUGCCGGAUUCAGACGCGGAAGAGGUCAGCUUGAAAACUCUGUUCUGGAGUGAUGCUGGUGAUCCAUGCAUAUAUGACAGCAACGGAGUGCUCCUGACACUCAUGCACUGGCGGACGAUGGGACAGGCGAAAUGGGUACCUCUUCUCGACACCAGACUACUCGACCGUCUGAAGGAUGGCAAGAGGGAAGAGACAUACUGGCCUGUUGCGGUUGCCGACCAGAAAUUCCACUGCAUCAUCUUGAAGGGCGGGGACAAGAGCCCCUAUUUCCCACGGCCUCUGCUCACAGAAUUCGACUUUGACAUUCCAGUCUGUCGACAGGUGACGAAGAAGCAGCCUGGCGAAGACGAUGAGGGAGAAGAGGAGAACGCCGCGGUAGCGACUAGACUGGAAGAAUCGUACGUCCGCUCUUCCGUGCUCCUACGCCUGCUGGAUGACUUGGUCCAAGGCACGACCGAACGAGCAAGCCAUUCACAGAAAGCCGAGCUCUUGAGGAGAGAGGUCGAGGUGGACAAAAUCCUGCUGCAGCUCUUGGCUGUAGAGUGUCGUGAGGGCGAAGAGAGGGGCAUGAAAGCUCUUGAGAUCGUCAGACUGUUGAGAGAUCCUAGCGGCAAGAUGCUCGAGGCAGCCGCCAAGGUCGCUGGGAGAUGGGGGAGAACCGUGCUGGAGGACAAGAUUAGAGAAAUGGCGGAGCGGCGCUUGAUGGGGAUCGAAGAGGAGUAG